CGCUCGUUGGCUGUGUGUCGACCGACGACCGUGUGCCAACUUGCCUCUGUCCAUCGAGGUUUCGUCCCUUCGCGUGCCGUUUCGCGGCCGGUCAGUCAGUCAGUCAGCUCGGUAUCGCAUUAUGCUACGGUCGCAACGCUGGCCGCAUCCUAACCGUGGCCGAGGACCAAUCUUCGCGACGUUACCUGGAAUCGGCGCAACGUGAGCCCCGCUGGCAUGCGGCCGCAGGGAAGAUGGGGAAGACCGCCAGCAAGCUGAAGUCCCGCAGGAGCCAAAGCAUAGCAUGGAGCUUCCGGUUUCCAUCUAUGGGCACCCUGCAAAAUCUAGGCGCCAGUGGCCGACGUCGAAAGAGAAACGGCAUAUCCUCUUCAGCCUCUUGUAAGGAACUCCAUCAGAAGCGACACACGAUCCACCUACAGCCGGAAGUAAUUAUUCAGAAGGAGCCAUCCUUCAUCGUAACGCCACCAUCGCCGGAAGAUCCGACCGAGGAAAACAGAAGGUCGUCGGAGGUAAAGGUCGAGGAGGCGGAGGAGGAGGUGGCGAACAGAAGGGAGGACUGCGACUCCUGCGAAUCCGCUGCGAAAAGGGUUGACAGUAACGACUAUUCCAAUCUACCAAUGGAGCCACCGGAGGAGUCAACUCGGAAGCUUCUGGAACGAGAACUUCGACUUCUGGAUCCUAGGGACUUGAGAUCUCACACCUGGUACCAUGGUAGCACUCUUCGAGGUGGGAGAAAGGGCGCUGAAGCGGAAGUACCGAACGACGGUGAUUUCUUAGUCCGUGACUGUGCCUCUCAGCCCGGAAAUUACGUCCUCACGGUCCGAUGGAAGGGCCAGCCCCUUCAUUUCGUUAUCAACAGGGUGGUGAUUCAGCCAGAGACGGUAUACGAGCGGGCCCAGUACCAGUUCGAGGACGAAGCAUUUGACACGGUAGCUGACUUGAUAACCUUCUAUGUGGGUAGCGGUCGUCCGAUAAGCCAGGCUAGUGGCGCUCGUAUAAUCACCCCGAAACCAAGAUGCGUUCCUUUGACCUGUGUGGCUGGACCGACAAGCAGUCAACACUGUUCCAGCCCUUCCUCCUCGUCCAUCUCCACCGGUUCUCCGCCUCGUCUACCUCGAAAGCAGCAACGAAGUCACUCUCUGACCGCUCAGCAUCAUCCCUCGGAUCAACACGAUAGUCGUCAAACGACAAAUCAGCAAGCAGUGCCUCAUGGACCGGUCCAAUCGAGCACUUUGCCACGAGUUCCGCCUAUACAGAAUCAACCACCGUCGUGUUCCCUGUCUCUGGGACGUCAAAAAAUCACCAGGGUAAUUUCUGAUCCAGCUCUGCAACAGCAACAGCAACCAGUUCUUCAGCCGCCGAGUUUGAACCAUCAAAAUUCGCAUGGAACAGCUCCACCCAAACCACCAAGAGUACCAUAUGCUCCUAAUCAUCAGCAUCACGCUCAUCACCAUCAUCAUCACCACCAUCACCAUCACCAGGGCUACCAGGCGUCCGGAAGCGACAGUGGGAAUGGAUCUGGGGACAGUGAGUUCGAGACGAACAACUCCGGCGGUGCUAGUAAUCCAUCUUCCUCUGCUCCUAUCAAAGGAGUCGUGAUUAGAAGCCAUUACAAUACCAGCAACGAUGGUACCAACGGAAAUAAUGGCAACGAAUAUGAAUUAUCCGCGGAAGAGCAGCUAGUAAUAGCUGCACCGUCUCUAGAGAUUACUACGUCAUUGGACAUCGAAGGGUUUACUACUUUACUCUUACCAGCUGGCGAACACAGGCCUCUGGAUCCCACGGCAUUGAGAGGAGUGUCUGGAAUGUUGCACGAUUCAGCGCCAAGGGUAUUAGCCUCACAUCUGACAAAGAUAGACUUAGAACUGGCUCUGCAACCUGGCCCUGGAAACAGAAGUGGUCUCAGUGGCAUCGAAUUAGCUACUCUACCGCACGGUAGGCAAGCUAGAGUGGAUCUGAUCGAAAGAUCGGAGUGUUUGAAGCUUGUUGUGGCGGUGACUGUGCUGGCUGGAGCCACCGCCAUCGAAAGGGCGGCUACGAUAAGCAAGUGGAUCAAGGUGGCUAUCGACACAAAGACCGCUCUGGGUAAUUUGUACGGUUUCUGUGGCGUGAUGCUCGGCCUGUGCUUACCUCAGAUACAAAGGUUGGCAAAUACGUGGCAUUUGCUAAGACAGAAGCACACCGAUGAGGCGUUUAGCUUCGAGGCAAAGCUCAGGCCCACGCUCCGUGCUAUGAACGAGUGCACAAAUCCUCAGGCACCAAAUACUACUCUUCCGCAUCUGUUGCCUAUCGCUUUGCUUGGAGAACGAGGAUCUGAAGACAUUUUAGGAACGGUAGCUCCGUCAGGCCUGGCAGCAGCAAUUUUAUCGACCUGGGAGAAUUCAGCCCCAGACUGUGGAUUAUCCAUCGUUUGGUCCCACUUGGAAUCGGCUCGCAAAAUGGCGGAGAAUCUUCCAUUAUUCCGCAGGAACGCAGAGAUCGUGCUUGAGGGAUCCAGAAGCGACGAAUUACUAUCCGAUGCGUUUCGAACGGAGUUCCACAUAAAAUUCUUGUGGGGCAGUCGUGGGGCCACUGUCGCACCGGAAGAGAGGCACCUGAAAUUUACACAAGUGUUAGAUGCAAUGUUCGAUAAAUGUUCGUCGACUGAAAUAACGGCCUAACCGCGACCAAAGGAGAAUAUUUUUAGAUAGCAGAUUACUCGACGACGUUCAAUAAAAGAACUUUUGUUUUCUCGAGAGAGCGAGACAAGCGUUAGAAGAGAAGGGACCCGAACACUCUUUUGCGUUCACUUAGUUUCUACGUGUAAAUUAUGAUUGUGUAAUUAUGUAAUUAAGUGACUGUAAUUAAUUGUACUUUCGUAGGGUUUAAUAUUUUAUUUGAUAAGGUUCGCGAUCGAUUGUGAUUGAAUGCACUUAGCAGACCACGCGUUUUAGAUGUACGUUUUGCCGUGAUCGGGCCGUUUUCCCGCGAUUUUUGCCGGUUUGCAAACACUUUCUUCUAACAACGUAGUUCGUAAGCGUAAACCCUUGAAACGUGGUUCCUCCAUCGCGACGAAUGAUACUUUUGUAAGAGGAACAAUGGAACAACGAAAUAACGUAUCUUUAUGGGAUAUAUUUGUCGCGAUGGUGGAAACGUAUCCCGGAGGAACAAAGAAUCAAAAGCAGAUAGCAUUAACGUGACUUGGACGUAUUGUAACACAGAUGUAACGAUAAAACGUUAUUUAGCGCAAUAACGAUUCCCGAGGACGAAUAAAGAUCCUUUUACUAUUAACAGGAAAUACAGUAGUUAACGUCUGUCAAGAAAUGUAGGCGACAAUAUGAUAAUCAAAUCGAAUUGAACUUGACGUGUACUUAAGCUCUAACCGAUCCUAUUAUUAUUAUUAUUAUUAUUCGGC